AUGGCAACUCUCCGGUCCCUGGUACUGCUGGUGGGGUUGGGCAUGCUUGUCUCCGCUCAGUCUAUACAGCCUUCGAACGUCUCGUUUUCCAAGUCGGACAGCAUGACGAAUCUGCAGCUUAAUGGAGGCGCAAUGUUCGAUGAGAGAUUCUAUGCAAUCGCUCCUCUCACCGAGAAUGUGGGCUUGGGCAUGAGCCAGACUGCCGUGGGCGCUCAAGCAUGGAAUGGCGCGUUAAAAGCAGUCGACUAUACGUCUGCGGGCAACCUUAACAACACCGACAUAGCCUUCCUCAGCUGCGAUCCGAAUGGCUCGAAUAUCAACCCCUCCGACGUGGUGAGAACAGCGGGGGAUAGGAAGCCUGCGGCUAUUGUACUUUACAGUCUCAGCUCCCAAGAAUGCAAUCUCACCGGGGUAUACCCUUAUACCACCAUGUACACUAUGACCUCGCGGCAGGACUCGACAGCCGUUCUGAACUUCGCGAUGAUGUUCAGCAGCCAAGGAGGAGGUCCGAUUGCCACACGUAUUGGCGUCAACAAUGGCACAUCAUCAGGGCCAGACGGUGCCCAGCCAUCUGGAGAUGCGAGUAAUACGCCUGGCAGCCCAGGUCCGACCACUGCCGUGGCGAUGAGCGUUCUUUACAGUCUGACGGGAAUCAUCACUCUGCUGUUCCUGGUAAUCAUCGCCGCGGGUGCAGUCCGAGCUCAUAGGCAUCCGGAGAGAUACGGGCCACGAAAUGGGUCGCCGGGUGGCAGACCAAGACAAAGUCGUGCAAAGGGUCUUAGCAGAGCCAUAUUAGAGACUCUUCCUACGGUGAAAUUCGGGGACCCAGGGCCGGUCAAGCCAAGCAGCGUCGAACUCGAAGAAGGGCGAGCAAGCCCUCACGAUGCCCCUACUGAUGGCACUACGGCAGUGGCUGCAGCAACGACGCAAACCAGGGAAGGGGAAACGAGAUCAUCUUCUGAGACUAAUUCCGGGCCCGUUGGGGUGGCUACAAAUGCCGCAUCCGUCAAGAGUGUGGACGAGGCUUCUCCAAACGAAGACAAUCUGGGCUGUUCAAUUUGUACCGAGGACUUUACUACUGGUGAAGAUGUUAGGGUGUUACCUUGUAAUCACAAGUAUCAUCCCGCAUGUAUCGAUCCUUGGUUACUGAACGUCUCCGGAACCUGCCCGCUAUGUCGACACGAUCUACGUCCGCCUACCUCGGCUGGCCCCAAUGUCGGAGGCGUAACCAACGCCGUUGGAGAGCUUCCUCCACCGCUGUCUCUGAAUGAAGGCGGCAUCAACAAUGGACCAGCUUCCAGCGAAGGCGAAGGCAGUUCUCACCACCGUCACCGGGUUUCUCGUCUGCUUGAUCUGAGCCGCCUUCGCCACGCACCUCCCGAUGAGCGAAUUGCAGCCCUCCGCCAACUCCGAGAGGAGACCCAGAGAACAGGAGAGUCAACAACAGAGGUAGCCGAGGAGCCCAGCCGGCGAGCAAGGCUGACUGGAUGGCUGAGAGAUACAUUCCGUACUCGAGUCGGGGCACAGAACGAUAACACUACCUCUUGA